CGAACAAAGUGUUGAUUUUUUAAAAAUAGGCGGAAGCAAAACUAAUGCAUUAGCAUUAUUUUAUAUUUAAAGAUAACCCACUUACUGCGAUAAAAAAUAAGUCAUACACCCCGGCACGAAAGUCGUGAGCCUCGUGAGUAUCGUUUUUCUGCUUCAAUGCGAGAAAUCUGAUCUUUUGGAGAAAGACGAUGGAUGCAAAGCAUCUCUUUCUCUUUCGCUCUCUUUCUAUCUCUGUUUGUCAUGCUUUCCGUUUAAGACUGGGCUAUGGAGUUAAACAACCUAGCAUAAUAAUGCUUCCAUUGUCUGCCCAAUCCUGGUAUACAUCGUAGCAGCUGCGACGAUGAUGUCUUCUGGCGUGUAUCGUUAGUAGGCUUUGGAAGGCGUUCGCAUACGAGCAUUAGUCAGCAUCGAGUUUUAUGUGUCUGCAUGUGUAAGUGCACCGUUUCUCUGGUCGAGCCGACGAGUCGCUUCGAGCAGUUGCUUCGGCGAGGGCUUUGCCUUGAACCUUGCGAUCGGGUGAAUUCGUCGACCAGCUAUUGAACACAACGAAACGCCACCGUGUCGCUUAACAUUCGCUUUAAAUCACUCCUGCAUCUUGUACGCAAAACAUCGAUGGAGCACCCGAAUCAAGAGCCUACGAAGCAAAUGCAAGGCGAGUUCAUCGAAUGGAAGCCCUCCGAGCCGGGCGAGUGGCAGUUUUUAUUCUUCGAGGACCAGGAGCUCAAACUUUCUCUGGACUCAGAAGAGGAGGGACAGGAAGCGAUGCCAUACAGCAUGAAACAACCGCCCUAUCUGUUGAACGAUGUUUUGCGAUGCGCUUGCUGCCACCAGUGCCAAUUCCAGUGCUACGAGAACGAUCUGCUGCUGACCUGCCAGUCGCAUCCACGGUUGAUUUGCUGGAUGUGUGAAAAAGCGCCGGCCACACCGCCCAACACACUUCAAACGACGGCCGUGGCCGACUUUACGGAUUCAGAUAGCCUAACAGACACGAGCGAGCUUAUCGAAACGGACGACAACGGAGAAGAUUCACGGUUGAUAGAAGGGUAGUUUUUUUUUAAAUAAUUUUCAAGUUAUUCACGAGCAACAGUUCGCACUACAUCUUCCUUUGAUGUGGCGCACCGUCGUCCUUAUUAGCUAAUAAUGGAUAUAUUUAUAUCUGUAUAU